AGCACUCGUCUACUCCUCACUCCUCAUGCUCGAUCAUGGGCUAUGGCCAUGCUAGUAGCCAUAUGAUGUAGUAAACACAGCUCAAGCGAUGGCAGCAUUUAACUUAUUUGUCGCUUUUUCUGGCGUAAUAUUUGCAUUUUUUGUUCUGGGUAUUCACAAUUAUUUAACCGCUCAUGAGGAAAACUCAUGCGAAAUGACGUACAUGUUUGAAUAUCCUCAAUAUGUGAAAAUCGCAUUGUCUGAGAACGACACUAAAGAGUAUCCAAAGUAUGGCCUUUAUGCUUACGGAGAGGGACAGUACACCGAAAAACUCAGGAACAUGCAAUUCAAUGGCAUUCCUGUCUUAUUCGUGCCGGGCAAUAGUGGCUCGUACAAACAAGUGCGCUCUUUGGCAUCUGUCGCUCUUCGCAAGGCCAGGGACAGUCGAAGUCCCUUCCACUUCAACUUCUUUACAGCAGACCUCAAUGAAGAGCAUUCAGCACUAUUCGGCGGAGUUUUAUCAGAACAAACUCGUUUUAUAUCAAUCUGCAUCAACCGAAUAUUAUCGCUCUACGCGAAAAACAGAAAUGUUCCUCAGUCAGUGCUUCUCUUUGGACAUUCAAUGGGUGGUAUGGUAGCAAAAGGCGUGUUCUUGGAGCCCACUUUUGUGCCUGGUUCAGUCAACACUGUCCUCACUUUGGCUACCCCUCACGCGAGUCCAGUGAUGAUGCUGGACCCCUAUGUUGCCUCCUACUAUCAGAAGGUCAACACUUUCUGGGAAGUAGGGGAUUCCAACAGAUUGUUGGUUUCUGUCGGCGGUGGCCACAGGGAUCUACUUGUUAGAUCAGGACUCACACUUCAAGGAAAUAUUUCGACAUUGAGUACAGCUGUGCCAGCCGUUUGGGUGUCUGCUGACCACCUGUGCAUUCUGUGGUGCAAACAACUUGUGCUCUCACUUGCUAGAGCUUUGUUUGACUCGGUUGACUCAAAGACAAAACUUCUCUCAAAUGACCCACAGAUUAUGUAUGAGGCCUUCAGCUACCACCUAUUAAAUCGUAAUUUUGGCAAACGGGUAGUAUCAGCAUUCUACCCGUCAAACGCCGAUUUUGACAAAGAAGGCGAGUGGCGAGAAUACUUGCGUCGGCAAUUCACAGUGAAGGAAACCCAUUUGAAGAAACCUGUGUACAUCAUGGUUAGGAUAGUGCCAAAUGAUCUCAAACACGAAUUUGUAUCUAUUGAAGCUAUCGGAAUUGAAAGGCGCGAUUGGGUUUACGGUUGUAAUGCUGACUUGGUUUACAAGCACGUCCGCAUGUGCGAGACUGGAAUGAAUUUGUCGAACUUUACAAAAUUUGUACCUUCCCUCAUGAAGCGACGCAAAAGUGUCACAUUCAACCUUCAUUCACUGAAGAAACAAGGUUUUAGUCAUGUGGUUGUCAGAGUUCCUCCCUCCAGCAAUGAGGUGGUACUCAAUAUCGACGUGUUUUCAAGGCAAGAAAGGAUUUUGCAAGUGAACUCACUUCCCUCGAUAUAUUCAAGAAGCCCUGUGGAUGUCGUGGAAGUGACAUCGGUUGGCGCUCUGUACUAUCAGCUGCAAUUGCCAACCUUGGAAAAAGCUUGGCACGCCGCGAAUCUGGUAUUUGAAGCGAACUGCGCCGCUCAAAAUCAUCACGCAGUGGCCACUCUAGCUACAGAUUGGAGUACAGAAGAUUCUCACGCCUUUGUGACCUCAUCAGUUUCUCAGAGUCUCCCGCUCAAACUGCACCUACUCCGUCCCAAUGGAAUCGAAAAAACUGAAAUUGCUCAUGUAACGCUGCAGCUCGACCCUGCUUGUACUUACAAUAUCAAAAUUGAGCCAUCGCCAGCGAUGAUCCUGGGCCAGUUAGUCAGAUUCUACGCACCUCAGUUGCCGGCCUAUCUUGUUGCAGUCUUGCUUUUAGCUCUUAGGGCUCAACUGAAUGGUGUUGCUGAAGGACAAACAUGCAUAGCAUUUCACUCCGCAAUUGCCUCUGGGUCAAAACCCUACUUUCUCAUGCCAAUCUUGAAAAUCGCUGUGCAUAUUUUAAGGUUGGGACCAGUUGCCAAAAUCUUUCCCUCGUCAGAUUGGAUCUUGCUGUACUCUCAAGGACUGGACAUGUUCUUUCUACCUCUUAUCUUGUACUGUGUAGCAUCUUUUGCUGCGUACGUCUUUGGACUUGCAAUUUGGAUCGCAGUUGUUGUUUGGGGCACAACUGCCAACAAAAUUUUGGUCAGGUUCAUUUCGAGGUCCAUCUUUGGCGGCUUCCGUUGGUCUGAAUGGGUUCUUGGGACGUUUGCAAAGUUGCCAUGGGCUGUGGCUUUCUUACUUGUUGCGCUGGCGUAUGCAACAUGCGGGGCCCUUGCCCUCGCUGCUGGGUUAUGUUUCUACUUUCUCUUGGUUGUCAAAAUGUAUGAAGAAUACUUGGAAGAGCUGCUUAAAGUGCCUCUGCGGUUAAUCAAAGGCCAGCGAACUGAGAUUUGGGGCCGUUCUGAAACUUUCCUCUCUGAACUUCACUUCCACUGCACUGGGCUGCUGCUGUGGGCGGUCACGACUGGUCUGCACGCACCUUGUGCGCUAGCAUGGGCGCGAGCUUUUCCAUUUGAAACUCGUCUCAGCCCAGACCCAUCAUUGGCUGCCGCCUUAGCUCUAUGUGUAUGCGCCCCUGUCUUGUGGCAGCGACAGAUGCCCCGUCAAUAUUUGAAACACGGCCAAGAAAUGAGUGGAAUCCUCUUUGGAGUUGCUGCCUUGGGGCUCAUCUUUGCUCCUGUCUCCCUCUAUCGAUUGAGCCCAUUUCUAGUCGCUGCGUUCAUGAUGGUCUGCCUGCAGCAGUUGAUGGCCAAACAAAUUUUGCCAAUACCUGAACCUAGUGCACCAGCCGCCACUGCAGCUAUCAUGGAAAAGGCUGAGACAGAAGAGGAGCCGCCUGCUGACAAAGAAAAGCAGAGCUAAAUGUGUGAGAAUGGUUAAAUUUCUUUUAAAACUGCGACUGAACUGAACGGAUUGUUAACAACCAAUAUAUUACGCAAUUACAAAUUUAUCUACAAGACAGUCUGCUUUUCCUAGUACCAAUAUAUAGGCUGGAACAAAACCAUCUUUUGACACAGUAACUGCCUAAGAUACAUAUUUGAAUCAAAAAUUAACCUCCAUACACACUCUUAUCUAUAUAGUGUGGCUGUUGACCUUGAACUUUUGAAACGCUCUUUGUUGUAGCCCUUUUUAACUUUAAUAUUUAAGUCCCUCACAUAUUCUACCAUACAAGUUAUGAGCCUCUUGAACUUAAUAAAGCCAAAAACAUUAAGUCAAUGGCUGUCAAACCAUUGACUCAGAUUCCCACUUUUAAGGUGUGUUAAGCGGUUUUGUUGUAUGUAAUCGUUUUUGAACCAGUCCUUGUCAAAUUUUAAGCUGAGGAAUUUUGAUAGAAAGUGUUCAUUCCUAAAGCAGGUUACCUCUGGUCAUAAUUAAAGUUAUAGCGUGUUAUUUAUAUAAUUAAAUAGUACAGCUAAGUAACUGCUGCAUACAGUAAUGACGGCUUUGUAUUGGAUACUUAAAUAAACGUAAAUAAAUUAUUUACAAAA